UGGGUGUGAGGCCUCCGUUGCCAUGGGAGCGGGCGCCGUCGGUUGGGGACAGUGAGAGGCCUCGGCGCCGCCGGCCGCCAUCAUGGACGACUGCGACCUGAAGAAGCUGGUGGUGUCUCCCGGCACCCUGGAGCCUCCCUUCCAGCCCAAGAUCACCCAGUACAAGCUGACAGUGGGCGUGGAGGCGCUGAAGGCCACCGUGAACGCGACGCCCAGCGGCAACGGGGCCUCGUACCAGAUCCUGGGUGCUGCUGGGAGUAAAUCUGUUCCCCUUAAAGAAGGUGUAAAUAAAAUUAUAAUUGAAGUUGCAGCUGAGGAUGGAACCCUGAAGCAAUAUAUAGUAGAGGCAACCAAGCUUACCGCCAGCACGCCAUUGCUAAGUGGACUGAAAAUAGUUGAAAAUUUGCCGCUCGAUCCUGCGUUUUCAAUGUCUGUGUAUGAAUAUACAUGUACAGCACCAAUCCAUAUGACCUCUGUAAUUGCUCAGCCAACAGUGCCAGACAAUAAUAUGGCAGUCACUGUUAAUGGGUCAGAUGUCAGUGAACCGGUGCAGCUAUUAAUGGGAAAUACCAAAAUUGAAGUGAAUGUUACAUCAGCAAAUGGCACUCAAUCCCAGAUAUAUCGGAUUAUUGUUGUUCACGCACGCUUUCCAUGGUCCAUCACUUUUGCACAUCCAAAUGAUGCUGCUGAGUUUGAGUGCCCUAUAAUCCUCAAGGCUUUCUACCAGCCAGUCUCUAUCAAAGGAAGUGAUCACAAGCACAUUUUCUCAGAAUCAGCUGUUAAAUACCUCACUCGAAAGACAAUGUGUGAUCCUAUCGAUGAAACUCCCUUUGCUCAAGAUUGGUAUGUCCCAGAAUACGAAUUGGACAGAAGAAUGUUGGAUGCCACUAUUUAUUGUUGCUUCAAAUAUCGAGGUUGUCCAAAUGCGAUGGCACUGUCAGAAAUCGGCGCCCAUAUACAGCAGUGUUCAUACCGGCCACCAGCAGAAUUGGAUUCUAAGGACGUUACAGGGACUUCAUGGUAUCAAACCGAAUUUGGCCUCACACCAAAGCUUAAACAUGCGCUAAAACAUUCUGUAGAGGCGCGUAACUGGGAAAAGAAUCUUCGAGAUCAAGCUCGUGGAGAUAAUGCUGCCAUGCUCUCCAGCGAUGCCGAGAAUUUCAUAAAAACAUACAGAGCAAUGGUUUCCAAAUCAGUGCAUUACUACGAGGAAGGGAAAUCCCCCCUGGAUGCACUGCAUAAGGCAGCAGCGAACUAUGCCUUGGCUAUAAAAUUGAAACCAAAGGAUGCUGAGUUGCAUUUCCAGUUGGGCGUGGUGCUGGAGGAACAUUACCAUUUGAAAGUGGUAUACGGAGUCAUGGAGACGGUCCAAGCAGAUGAUGUAGAAAAGCUGAGUGCUGCUGAGAUGUCUGGGAGAAAUGAAGAGAUCCUGGCAAUCUGUAAGCUUCAUGGCAUGAAGGGGCAGAACACAGUCGAGAUGCUGAAGGCAUUGGACUUGGAAUUUCACCACUUAAAGGAACAAGGACAGUCUGCAAAAGCUGACCACGUGCAGACACUCUACGACUGGAAAUCCAAGCAGUCUGCAGCGGACAGUAAACGUAAAUCAACACAGCCAGAUGAGCAGCAAUUCCUUGACUGGGCUUUUCUGAAAUACAUGGAUGCCGUAUCACUUCAGCCUCAAAUGUGGCAAUACAAUUUCCAUGCUGGACGUAUGUUGUUGUCUCAGAAGAAGAAUAACGAAGCAUUGAAACUUUUACAAACAGCCUUAGCACAGAAACCAACCGAGCCUUGCAUUAGGUUUUAUACAGGUCUGGUUGUGUUGGAUCGGGAUGAUGGAUUGGGCCCACAAACACGAUAUGCUAUUCAAUACCUGCAGCAGGGCUUAGAGAAAUUAUUGGCCCAGCUUCAGUUUCCAGAUGAGUACCCACCAAGUCACGAAGGCCCAAGUCUUCGCGCUCUAGAUCCGAUUUCUCUCCUGAACAUUCAGUUCCACAAAGGAAUAUUCAGGUUAGGAACAUUUCUCUUCAACCCGCCAGCAGGUCUACCGGAAAAAACAAUGACUCCUGAGCAAGUACUUAAUUUUUCUGCAGAUUUAGCCGCCUGGGCUUUGUCCAAAUAUCAAUAUCGUGGAACUUUAGUUCAUGACUUGGAAUGGCUGCUUCUUGAGGCCCAUUUUACCCUUUUAGACUUGAUUUGCAAAAAGCCAAAUGUGAGUGAAGAGUUCAUCAGUAGUAGAUGUGAGAAUUUGGCAUUAAUAUUAAAACACACCAGUAUUCCAGUCUGCCAUGAACUACUAGAGAUGCAACAAACGGUGUGCCAAUUAAGAGUCGAAAAGACUCCUUGCGAUAGUAACGCUCUGUACAUGCUUGGCCUGUCCCAGAUUGUCGACUUUGACAAUGAGACUACUCCAGCAAAAGCCAAAAUACUGAUUGAAGAUGCAUGCCUGAGCUUCAGAGCCAGCAUCAGCUUGGAGAACAAACCAAUGUCCGGAGAGCCGCCGAUGGAACUAAUCCAGCAGAAAUGGUGGCAGGAUUGGAAACUGGACGAAAGCCAGAAAGCUAUGCAGCAGAAGCAGCAGAAAGUUGAGGCCAAGCAGGAGCUGAAGCUGGAUCAGCCAGACACAAAGGCUGCACCCUUCGCUUCUGGGUCGCAUCCUUCCUCCAAAUCUGUAAUUAGCAGAGUCAAAAUCCCUAGCAUCAGAGGAUCCGCAGGAGCAUCCAAAACGUCUCUAUCGGGCCGUGCCAAAGCAAGCGAACCAUCCAAAUCUACCAGGGGGCGUGCAGCGGCCAAGACUUCUCCUGCAUCAUCUACUGCUGCUAAAGCAUCAGACCAGACUGCUGCCACUUCCAGUAACCAGCCUCGAGUACCAGAGAGUGAUACACCUGGGAUAAACCGUGUUUCCUUUGCAUAUCGCCUCGGACUGGCUCGAGCUUUAACGCGUAUAGAUGAAAAAUCCAUCGAAGCUCAAAACUAUUACAACGAAGUCAUUAAAAUGGCACCUGCGGUACACGAUGCUUACAUCGAGUUCGCAAAUCUUCUCCUGAAAACCGACCCUUUGCAAGCUGUGGACAUUUACGCUAAGUUUCCAGUGAAACCCAUCGAGGAACAGACCUACAAUGACGCUUUCAUUACUGGAGAAAUAGUCCGUCUUUUAAUGAAAAGUGAAAAAUUCGAUGACCCUCGUCUGGGUUCAAAUAUGAUUGCUUAUGGGAAAGUAAUGGGACUCGCCUCUAUCGACGGUUACAUUAACACUCUUGACCAUAAAUUGAAGACUCAACUUCUGAUGAAGAUCUACGCAGGGAUCCACGGGAAACCUCUCAACGAUCCAGAACUUAAAGCAUUCUUCACAUUCAAGCAUUGGAUAUAGAAUUACUUUGCUAUCAGUAAUAAAAUGGCACGUCAGCACCGAGAGAAUCUGAACAUCAAAUGCAUCCUGCCGAACACAAACACGUUAAAAGUUUUGGAAACUGCGUUCAACUUUCUAUAAGCCCAAACAAGUACCACUUUCAGUGUUUUCCCUCAGUUUACUCAACACAUUCUGUACAUUCAAAGAUAAUUCUGUAGUUCCCAUCAUCAUUACAAGUUCUAAAGUGAUUCCCCCCCACCCCUGUAACAAAAGUUGAAAUGAUUGAACCCUUCACAAAAUCUCCUCCAGGAUUAUAAUUGGUUAUUUAUUUGACUAAAUAAUUCCCAUCAUUUUCCAGAAGCUGGCGUUUAUAUUGAACUACAUUUGUAUAUGACUACUCCUCAAUGUAGUUUACAUAGUUUACUAACUACGUUUGCCACUAUGAAGCUUUACAGUAAUCUGUUUUACUUUCAACAGCACUUCUUGGUCAUUCUGGAGCAUAUUCCACUCAAGAAUUCUCAAGCCAUUUGUCCCAAAAUUGGUAGCUCCCAUCAAGUGAUGCUUUGUCAUUUUACUUUAUGCCACCUUGCUGCAGUACCUCUUCAAAUUCAUAGGCAGAAUCAUUUGUAAUUUAUUGCUAUCUCAAGCUAAUUCAUGUUUAACCUCCGGUGGACUUGAAUUAAAUUAUUAAAAUAGCAAAAUAUUGUUUUAAGUUCCGUCUUCACUGUAAUACUGUGUCAGACUUGUGCAGGUUUCUUGUUCAUCACAGGGACUUUGUCAGUGCAAUAAAAACUGAGUAUGUAUCAAUAGACCAGAGUAUACAACUCCACCCAAACUUCACAAGUUUAACAACAUCAACAAAAUGGUUUAGUUUAGUCUAUUAUUGUCAUGUGUGGCGAGGUAGAG